UUAGCUUUGUUUAUGUAUAUCAUCCCAAUAUACUCGACGAGAGUGAGUUUUUUGUAAACCCUGAAAAUUAAAAAAAGACUGUCGGAACAUAUGCAAUGAGUUAUGAUUUUCGAGGACACUCAUUACUGAAAAUAUAACGGAUAUCGUAUUCGAGAGGGGAAUUCUGGGAUAUCUGCCAGCUUUCACACUUUUCUUCCUUGUAAGAGCUCGGACAGUAAUUUUUUCAGUUCUCUGGAUCAACGAGGGAACAUUUUCAUAUAUAUCUUGACUUAUAUACUAGACUUUAAUCUACCUACGAUCAUGUCAAAGCCUUGGCCGUGGAAUCAGCUUCCAAGCUCCGCCAUUGACUACUACAAGAAAACGUACAAAAUGCCUGCUCCGGAUGCUGAUGGUUUGGGACCGGAAAUCAAGGAUAACACCGACGGGUCCAUCUGUGUCCAAUACCACCCAAACAAAAGCGGACGACAUGAAGUCCAGAUGUGCUACGAAGGGUGCGCUGUGGAAGGUAGUCCAUUUUCCUGUAUGGUUGACAACAUUGAUGGCAGCUACGUCACAGCUUUCGGCGCCGGUCUGGUGGGAGGAAUGAGUGGCCAGAUGGUCAGUUUCACCGUCACCGCCAAACAGGGCAGUCUCAGUAAACUGGACGUGAAGGUAGAUGGCCCAACUAAGACCGACAUCACAAGGAAAGACCAUGGAGACAAAUGCGACAUUUCCUUUCUCCCAAUGACCCCUGGUAUCUACAAUAUUAUCGUCAAGUACAACGGAAAGGAAAUGAAAGGAUCCCCCUUUGUGUCCAAAGUUUCAGUUCAUGACAAUGGUAUGCCAUCCGGUGAGGGAAGAAAGCGCUCUCAGCUCUCCCUUGGCAACAGCAGUGAAUACUCUCUUAAAGUUUUGGAAACCAAUGUCGUGGAUUUGGUGGCGUCCGUCAAACUGCCGUCUGGUGCUAUUGAGCCUUGUCUUUUGAAAAAGGAUUCUGAGGGACAUCUCUGUGUUGGCUCAUUUGCUCCAAAAUCCACUGGAGAUUACGCUAUUCACAUUUCCCGCGAUGAGAAACCCAUCAAGGGCAGUCCUUUUCAUAUCAAAGUUGGCGACAAAGAGCUUGCUCAUGCUUCAAAGGUCAAGGUCUCAGGUCCCACAACAAAGGCCAAGGCCAACGAACCUAACAUUCUGGAAUUGGACUGCAGCGACGCAGGAUAUGGCGGCUUGAGUGUCGUCAUUGAAGGACCACAUCGCUCGGAGAUUGAAUGCAAACACUAUGAAAACAGAAAGUAUAAGAUUUCGUACAGUCCACAUGAACCCGGCAUCUACAUCUUAAACUUGCGAUUUGCUGAUGAUCACCUGCCAGGAAGUCCAUUCUUGCUGCAAGUGGAGGGUGAACCUUCUGGACGAAUCAGAGAGACUGUUACAAAGACCAUGGAGCAGGCCGAGCCCGUUAAAAAGAACCAGAACUGUGAAUUCUAUCUUCAGAUUCCAGGAACUAAUCCAUUUGAUAUGGAGGCCUCGGUAACAGACCCCGACGGCUCCACAGAGCUGUGUGAGAUCAUGGACGAGGAGGACUUCCACUACAGAAUGAUGUUCACCCCACAGAUGGAGGGAACUCACACCCUCAGCAUCAAACACAAGGGUCUCCAUAUUUCAGGCAGUCCAUUUGUAUAUUCUGUCGGUCAGCUGUCGUCGGGAGGUACUCACAAAGUACAGGUUGGAGGUCCUGGAGUUGAGAAAGGAGAAGUUGGCUUCAGUAAUGUCUUCAAUAUCUACACCCGUGAGGCCGGUGCAGGUGAACUGAGCGUUGCUGUAGAGGGUCCCUCCGAUGCCCUCAUCAAGCUCGAGGAAAGGCCCCACGGCUUCCUCGGUGUCAGCUACAAAGUCAAGGUGGCGGGAAUGUAUGACAUCCACAUCAAGUUCAAUGAUGCUCACAUCCCUGGCUCCCCCUUCAGGGUCCACAUCUCUCCAGACAGCGGUGUGGCACGUAACGUCACUGUUCACUCCCUCAAAGACAGGGGUCUGCAGGUCGACAAAGCUAGUACUUUCACGGUAUCCUACAAUGGCGCCAAAGGAACUCUGAACGCCUGCGUGCGCACACCUUCUGGUAGUCACGAAGACUGCUUCGUACAAGAAAUGGACGAAGGACUCUAUGGUCUACGUUUUAUUCCAAAGGAGAACGGAGUCCAUUACUUGGACAUCAAGCUGAAUGAUCAUCAUAUCCCAGACAGUCCAUUCGCCAUUAUGGUUGGAUCCAUGGCAGCUGACCCUGCCAUGGUGCUUGCUCAUGGAGAUGGCUUAGAGAGAGGAUCAUGCGGCAUAAAGAACAAGUUUGUGGUGAGAACUGCAGGAGCUGGAUCCAGCUUCUUGGCCGUGUUCAUCGAAGGUCCCUCCAAGUGUGCCCUCAGUUGUCGCGAGGUUGACGAGGGCUACGAAUUCAGCUACACGCCCUUCGCCCCAGGCAAAUACCUCAUUACCGUCAAAUAUGGUAACAUCAACAUUGCCGGCAGUCCAUACCAAUCGGAGGUCACUGCUCGUGGCGGUUCAGGAUCUGGAAGAAAACCUUCACCUCUAAACGAAACAACCUCUAUGGUUGUCGAGACUGUGGAAAAGAGACCGGGAGCUAAGUCUCUGAGGCGCUUCCGCGGGGACGCCAGCAAAGUGAACGUCAGAGGGCCUGGUCUGAAGAAAGCCAGAUGUAACCAGACGCAAACCUUCACCAUCGAUGUGAAAGACGCAGGACACGCUAUGCUAUGUGUUGGUAUGGUGGCACCUAACGGUCUCCCGGAGCCCGAGUUGAUGGUCAAGAAGAACAACCCAACCCAGUAUACCGUAUCUUACAAGGUUGUAGAGGCCGGGGAACAUACCCUGUGUAUCCGAUUCGGGGAUGAGGAAGUUCCCGGCUCUCCCUUCUCCAUAACAACGUAAUCAGCCCUUCAGUGACAUUCUUAAACUUCAGUUUAUUUCUUUUUUGUCUCCCUCUCUUCUUUCUGUUUUUUUUUUAUAAACGUAUUUAUUCACAAGACUUGCAAUAAUUGAGUUUUAUAUUUGACGAGUGUGUAAUUUAUGAAUAUAUGGGCUCCAAGUGUUCUGUUUCAGAGAAUCCACGUGUGGUGUAAAUGUUAUAGACACAGUAGUUUUAGUUUAAAUUCAAAUUAGAUUGUAUUUCCUGUUUAGUAAUUAGUAUUGCGUGUCAUCCCGUCCCAUUCCCCGUUAUAGCGUCUGAUAAGCAUUUAAUUAACUUAUUUAUUGUAUCUAUUUCUUUAAUAAUAAAAACUGUUUGUUCAUAACUUAUCAUUGUAGCCAAGUAACAAAAUCAAAUACAUGUAAAUCUGGUAUGCGUCAUUGCUGUAAGCAGAUAUUUCCGAACAACCGGAAUAGUCUUUCGGCUCUGGAACGUAGUAUUUACGGAGCGAAGUAUUUUUUUUUCUUCAGGGUUCUUAGAUAGAACGCAUGCGACAGACUGGCGUCUAAUUAAUUCAUAGGGAUAAUAUAUAGAUUUUAUAGAUUUGAAUAAUGUUGGUUUUUCCUUUUGACAUCCAGCUAGGAUUGUUUCAAUAAACUGAUGAUGUCAA